GGCGGUGGUGAAGCAAGGGUUGGCUGGCCCGCACUCACUCACUCACUCUCUCACUCUGAGCGGAGCAAGCGAGCGAAGGGCAGCGGCUGCUCGGAAAGCCCCGGCCGGCGAGCGGAACUGCGGCGGGGCGCCGGACGGUGAUCAAGCCUGACUGUGGAUGGGGCAGCAUGGCUUUCCGAGUCAGCCUUCAUCCAAGACCCGAAGCUUUUAAAAACCCAAAUGAUAAUACAUUUAUUAAAAUGAAUCCAGACUGCUUCCGAUGUUUUCGACUGAACUGCCUUUGUGCGGCUCUUCUACUUGUUGCCUCCCUCACAUUUCUCAUCCUCAAGAAGCAAAACUCUGCUGGCUUCCUAUUGGAAGAUGAAGAAGUGGAAGGUUCCGUUCUGAAAGCUUCAGAUCCCAUUCUGUAUCACUCUGAAAGACCUGUGGCCCAUCUUACCGGAACAAAAUCAAGUGAUGGACGUCUCCGAUAUAUGGAAUGGGAAACUGAGAAGGACCUGGCAUUCAUCAAAAAUGGAUUCAUUUACCAAAAUGGCAGUUUGAUUGUACCUGUCACUGGACAGUACUUUGUGUACUCUCAGGUUUACCUACGUGCUAAAAACUGUGUGGAAAGCAAUACCUUCAUUAGACAUACAAUCAACAAAAGAAUACGAACAGAUUUGGCUCCCAUGACACUAAUUAGCAAGACCGUUCAGUGUCAACCUAACAUAGAUGAUUUGUGGUUUCAAACAAACUAUGUUGGGGGAAAAUUUACUUUGAACAAGGGAGAUGAACUGUUUGCCAAUAUUUCUGAUUUAGCAUUGUUGGGUAAUGAUGAAAAUCAAACAUUCUUUGGAGCACUGUUACUAUAAAUCAUGUGUGCACAGCUAAACUAAACCACAUUCAGUGCUGUAAAUUGUAAAGCAAAAUUUAUGUUAUUCAGAAGCAUUAAACAGUGUUACCAA